AAGAAGAAGAGCGCGGAAAGAAUGUAAACAUGAGAACGGAAACAGCCGUUCAUAAUGCUCUGAAUAUACUAUAUUUAUCAAACUGAGGAAUUACUGCAGGAGAAACAACUGGUAUACUAUAGUAAAGAUGGAGAUUAAGGAGGAACCCUGCAGAAUAAAAGAGGAAGAGGCCGAGGAACUAAUAGGCCCCGUGGAGCUGGAUGAACUCAAAAAACAGCCUCAUCAUAUCAAAAAUGAAGAUGGAAAUGCAGCUGAGCAAGAUUUCACACAGAAACAAGUGCAAAACACUGAAGUCAAAGAGCUGUUCACCUGCUCUGAGUGUGGUAAGAGUUACAUAUAUAAAUCCUCCCUUAAAAAACACAUGAGUGCUCACAGUGGAGAAAAGCUGUUCGCAUGUACUCAAUGUGGAAGGAGUUACAUGUAUAAAUCAGAUCUUAACAGGCACAUUAAAGUUCACAAUGGAGAAAGACCUUAUACGUGCGCCGAGUGCGGAAGCAGUUUCAUUUAUAAAGGACAUUUAAAGGAGCAUAUGAAGAUUCACAGCGGGGAAAAACCGUUCACGUGCGCUCAAUGCGGAAACAGUUUCAUGUACAACAAAGACUUAAAUGCGCACAUGAAGAUUCACAGCGGAGAAGACAUGUUCGAGUGCACUCAUUGUGGAAAAAAGUUCACACGUAAAGGACACUUGAAUGUGCACCUGAGAGUUCACACUACAGAUAAACCGUUCGCAUGCACUGAAUGUGGGAAGAGUUUUAAAUAUAAAAGCGUGCUCAAUAAUCAUCUGCACACUCAUGCUGAAGUCAAGUCGUUUAGCUGCGAUCAGUGCGGUAAAUCAUUUGUUUGUGCAUCAAACUUAAGAACACAUCUUAAAGUUCACACUGGUGUGAAGCCUUACAUUUGUGCGUUUUGUGGAAAGACGUUUCUACAUAUGAGUUAUUUAAAAUUGCACCAGAACACUCACACCGGAGCGAAACCUCAUGUGUGUUCAGUCUGCGGCAGGAGCUUCAGUUUGUUGAGCAACCUAAAAAAGCACAAGAGGAUUCACACCGGAGAGAAACCGUACAAGUGUUCACACUGUGGGAAGAGUUUCUCCUGUUCGUCGGCUGUGAAAGCUCACGUGAGGAUUCACACCGGAGAAAAGCCGUAUCAGUGCUCGUCAUGUGGGAGGAGGUUCGCUCUUUUUCAUAAUAUGCGAAGUCAUGAAAAAAAACAUCGGCUAAAGCUGUCAUCGUGAGCAAACGUUUAUUGUAUUUCUUUGUAAACCUAUACAGAAAUCUGAGAUAAGACAUUAUAAUCAAAUCAAAUGUGUUUUAAUCUUAUAUAUUCUUGCUGCCGUCGCUAUGAGGGUUGAUCCUGUAAAAAAUGCUGGAUUCCACACAAUCGAUUUGUGAAUUUUUUGAGUUUAGCCCUGCACAAUAUAUAGUUUAAGCAUCAAGAUUGCAAUGUUUUAUUAUUAUUAUACACUCAAUGGCCAUUUUAUUAGGUACACCUUACUAGUCACAGGUUGGACCCCUUUUGUCUUCAGAACUGUCUUAAUCCUUCGUGGUGUAGAUUCAACAAGAUACUGGAAAUAUUCCUCAGAGAUUUUGCUCCAUAUUGACAUGAUAGCAUCACACAGUUGCUGCAGAUUUGUCAGCUGCACAUCCAUGAUGCCAAUCCACCACAUCCCAAAGGUGCUCUAUUGGAUUGAGCUCUGGUGACUGUGGAGGCCAGUUGAGUACAGUGAACUCAUUGUCAUGUUCAAGAAACCAGUCUGAGAUGAUUCACGCUUUAUGACAUGGUGCGUUAUCCUGCUGGAAGUAGCCAUCAGAAGAUGGAGACACUGUGGUCAUAAAGGGAUGGACAUGGUCAGCAACAAUACUCAGGUAGGCUGUGCCGUUGACACAAUGCUCAAUUGGUACUAAUGAACCAAAAGUGUGCCAAGAAAACAUCCCCCACACCAUUACACCACCACCAGCCUGAACCGCUGAUACAAGGCAGGAUGGAUCCAUGCUUUCAUGAUGUUGAGGCCAAAUUCUGAGCCGACCAUCCGAAUGUAGCAGCAGAAAUGGAGACUCAUCAGACCAGGCAACGUUUCUCCAAUCUUCUAUUGUCCAGUUUUGGUGAGCCUGUGUGAAUUGUAGCCUCAGUUUCCUGUUCUUAGCUGACAGGAGUGGCACCCGGUGUGGUCUUCUGCUGCUGUAGCCCAUCCGCCUCAAGGUUGGACGUGUUGUGUUCAGAGAUGCUCUUCUGCAGACCUCGGUUGUAACAAGUGCUUAUUUGAGUUACUGUUGCCUUUCUAUCAGCUGGAACCAGUCUGGCCAUUCUCCUCUGACCUCUGACACCAACAAGCCAUUUGCGCCCACAGAACUGCCGCUCACUGGAUAUUUUCUGUUUCAGACCAUUCUCUGUAAACCCUAGAGAUGGUUGUGCGUGAAAAUCCCAGUAGAUCAGCAGUUUCUGAAAUACUCAGACCAACCCGUCUGGCACCAACAACCAUGCCACGUUCAGUCACUUAAAUCCCCUUUCUUCCCCAUUCCGAUGCUCAGUUUGAACUGAAGCAGAUCGUCUUGACCAUGUCUACAUGUCUAAAUGCAUUGAGUUGCUGCCAUGUAAUUGGCUGAUUAGAAAUUUGCGUUGACGAGCAGUUUGACAGGUGUACCUAAUAAAGAGGCCGGUGAGUGUAAACAGCAAGCUAAACGGUGCUGUAAUUGAUUUACAGUAAGUUACUGUAGAUUCUACAGGAAAUUGUUAACAGUUCAUAAGACAUUUAAAGAAUGUUUACUUGUUCAUCUGUUAUUAUUGUAUUGUAUUUUACAGUGUUUUGAAACCACUCAGCUCUUAUGAUAAAAUUGACAAUUUAAAAAAACACUUCCUUUAACUCUAUUGGGGAUAUUUGAUGUUUUACUGCAUUUUGUGCAACUUGUUUACUACAAAAUCAAAUUUAUUGACAAAACCAUCAAAUUAAAAGCAAUAUCAAUGUAUUUAUUGUCCAUAGAAGUAAAACUUCAUAUUUUUGUUUAGUUUGGGUCUGAUAAUAUUAAAGGUUUUGUUCCUCCAUGUUCUAACUAUAUCACACUAUGCGAGUCGUAAAAUACAUUUACAUUUCAUUUACAUUUCAAAUGAAAGUUAUAGAAAUGAUAGUUUGAGUUGCUGUGCUGUAUUUUUGAAAUGUUUGUUUAUGCCGAGCACUAUCAUAUUAAUUGUGAACAUUUCAAUACUGGUGGUAAUAUCAGUUGAUUAGAUAAUCUAAAUCACAACAUAACUUGCAUUUGCAGUGAUGUCACCUUGUAAAACUGUAUAAUACACUGAAAUAAAAAGCAACAAAAUCAA